AUAAUCCGCAAAUGAUGGAUUGCUCUGGUCCGGUGAUUAGGACUUUCCUUUUCAACACACUACAUAAAGUAUAAAUUUGUGUAUAAUAGCACUUUUAAUAAAAAAUAAAAAUAAUAUAAUACAAGAAAAACGCAAGGAAAAUGACAGAUACAGCCUCAGACCUCAACUGAAAGAGUUCCUCCCAGAACUCCAAAUCCCCGCCAAAUACAAACGAUCUCUCCGUGUGUGAUGAACCUCUCGUACGCAUGCAAGACAUUUGCCCUCACAACCUCCCGUUAUUACACUUGCGCCACUGCGGUCCACCUUCCCCUGAAUCUCCUCCAUUUUCUUCAGCUUGCAGGAACCCACCAUUCCCUUUCGCUCGCCGAACAAGCUCACGCCCACAUUGUCACUCAUGGCCUCCAACAAAACCCUUUCCUCGCCACAAAGCUCAUCUCUGCUUAUGCACUCUGUGGAAAGCCGACCGAGUCGAAACUCGUCUUCGACUCGGCUACUCUCAAGAGUGUGUAUUUAUGGAACUCACUGAUUAAUGGCUAUGUGAAGAAUUGUGCGUACAAUGAAGCUUUUGAUCUGUUUAUGGAAAUGUGCAAUAGUUAUGUAUUGCCGGAUGGUUAUACCUUGGCGACCAUGGCGAAAGUUUCAAGCGAGGUUCGGGAUUUGGCAACCGGAAAGUAUGUUCAUGGGAAGGGUUUGAGAGCCGGGUUUGUCGUGGAUACCGUUGUUGCGAAUUCUCUGAUGUCUUUGUAUUAUAAAUGCGGGAGGAUUGAUGAGUGUCGGAAACUGUUCGAUGAAAUGCCUCAAAGAAAUGUUGGGUCUUGGAAUGCGUUAAUAGCGGGGUAUACAAGUUCUUUGGAUCAUGAUUUUGAUAAGGAGAUUUGGGAAAUUGCUAAAUCCAUGGUGAUGAAUGGGGUGAAACCUGACGGAUUUACCGUUUCAAGUCUUUUGCCUAUGUGUGGAGGGGAUGAUAUCAGGAAAUGGGAUCAUGGGAGAGAACUGCAUUGUUAUGUUGUGAAGUAUGAAUUGGAUUUCAAGUGGGGUUCGGACGUUCAUCUUGGGUGUUGUUUGAUUGAUAUGUAUUCUAGGAGUGAUAGAGUAGCUUCGGCCAGACGGGUAUUUAACCACAUGAAGUGUAGAAAUGUUUAUGCUUGGACGGCGAUGGUCAAUGGCUAUGUGCAGAAUGGAGCUCCUGAUGAAGCUUUGGUUCUUUUUCAAAAGAUGCAGGUGGAAGAUGGGGUACAACCCAAUAGAGUAUCACUUGUGAGUGUCCUCCCUGCUUGUAGUUCGCACGUUGGUUUAAUGGGCGGAAAACAAAUUCAUGGAUUUGCUAUCAGGAAGGAAAUGAGUCGUGAAGUAUCUUUGUGUAAUGCUUUAAUCGAUAUGUAUUCGAAAUGUGGGAGCUUGGAUUUUGCAAGGCAAGUGUUUGAGGAUGAUUCUUUUUCUAAGGAUGCAAUCUCUUGGAGCUCAAUGAUUUCAGGAUAUGGAUUACAUGGAAGGGGUGAGGAAGCCCUUGAUGUGUAUAAUAAGAUGCUCCAUCUUGGAAUCAAACCCGACACGAUAACAAUCGUUGGGCUCCUUUCUGGUUGUGGAAGGUCAGGAUUGGUAAAAGAAGGCCUUUCCAUAUAUAGCUCUGUAACAGCUGAUUUUGGAAUUAAACCAACGGUGGAGAUGUGUGCUUGUGUGGUGGAUCUGUUAGGCCGAUCAGGAGAGCUUGAUCGAGCAUUAGAUUUCAUCAAAACGAUGCCUGUAGAACCUGGUCCAAGUGUUUGGGGAGCCUUAGUUACUGCUUCUGUGUUGCAUGGGAAUCAUGACAUGCAAGAUCUAGCUUAUAGAUUUCUUAUUCAAGUAGAACCCAGAAACCCUUCGAACUAUAUUUCACUUUCAAAUUUUUAUGCAUUGUCUAGGAGAUGGGAUGCUGUAGCGGAAAUGAGAAGAAUGAUGAAAGAAAGAGGUUUAAAGAAGGAGCCCGGAUGCAGUUGGAUAAGCAUUAAUUCUGAGACUCAUUGUUUCUAUGUUGCUGAUAAAUUACAUCCUCGUUCAAUUUCAAUCUAUGAGAUGCUGGAUUACCUCAUCUUAGCAAUGAAGGGAGCCUGCUCUUCUGAAGCGUUUGAACAUCCAGCGUAGAUUGUAUCUGAUGGGGAUAGAUGCCAGCGAUCGUAUUGCAGGGUUUCAAUGAAGGUCAUAGAGAGAGAAAAGCUUUUGAAAGGCGGGGAAGUAAGCAUGUCGGAGAAGUUUUCUUCAACGGAGGUGAAGUUGUACUGGAAGUUCGAAGCGAAGAGAACAAUGCAGCAAAAGGAUCUCCCUCCAAUGGCUCAGAAUAUUCAGCUCCCAAGCAAAGCAAAGUGGGCUCACCCGCCAAAGCAUCAGCUGAGUCCAGCAGUGGGUUCUCUAAGUCAGUCCCAGUGAGCUCCCCUUCACCUGAAUUUUCGACAGCCAGUCCUGGAACAGGGAGUUCUUCUAAUGAAUUAUUGAAGAAGAUGAUGUAGUUGAAGUGAGUUCUUGUAAUGAAACAGAAAGCGAUAGGGUUCGUACAAUAGAAACUUCUAAUGAAAGUAUUGAAGAAGAUGAUGUACUUGAAGCAAAUAUUUCUUCUAAACAUGGAUUUCAAAUAUUUUGUAACAGCAGCCAGUAUGCAGACAUGUUACUUUUCUAAUUCUUGUUGUAUAUUUCUUCGACAUUUGUAAUGUACUUAUAUGUUUCUUUUGCUUGUUCCAAGAAGUCAAUGUACAAGUAAAGAGGAAAUUUUUUGUUU